AUAAAUAAGAAAAUCCACGACGUCAAAAACUCAAGUUUCCUUUACAGGCCACCCGAAAACAACAUACCAGAAUAUAAUUAACUUCGGAAUACUUUCCAGAUAAAAGUACUACUCCAUACCGAGAGACUUUAUCUGUUGUACUUUGCAAUUCUUGAGCUCAUUUCCCGGCAUAAGUUUGUCAAAUAAAACUUGUUGUUUACAACUAAUUUCCGAUUAAAAAUGGCCAAUAAAACACCUAAAACGGAUACUAAGAAGAAAACUAAACAAAAACGGAAAAGCUCUUCAAAAUUUUCGUUGACAUUUGGCAAACUAUUUUUUAUUUCUGCUGUACUAGCAGGUCUAUGGGCCUAUUGUAUGUUGAAAAUAUUAACAACUCCUCCGGAUGUGCCUAAGCUUAACCUAGAUGAAUACUGGGGACCUUAUCCUAUGAAUCCAAAGCCAGAUCUAUCUAUAAGACCCUAUGAGAUAGAAUUUAGCGAUAUUAUGAUAAAUGACCUAAAAGAAAGACUCCUACACAGGAGACCUUUCCCACCACCACUAGAAGAGGUUGGUUUCACAUAUGGAUUCAAUUCACACUUCUUAACAAGAGUGCUUGAUUACUGGCAGAACAAAUACAACUUUAAGGAAAGAGAACAGUUUUUUAAUAAGUUUGAUCAUUUCGUAACUAACAUUCAAGGUUUGGAUGUACACUACAUGCAUGUGAAACCACAAGUUUCAUCAGAUGUUGAGGUAAUCCCACUUCUGAUGUUGCAUGGGUGGCCAGGGUCUGUGCGAGAAUUUUACGAGAUUAUUCCGAAGCUCACAACAUUGCAGGCAGGACGCAAAUUCGUAUUUGAGAUCAUAGCACCUAGUCUCCCUGGAUUUGGGUUUUCUCAGGCGCCAGUACGUCCCGGUUUCGGUCCAGCAGAAAUGGGGAUAGUCAUUUCCAACCUGAUGAAGCGAAUAGGACACGACAAGUAUUACGUCCAAGGGGGUGAUAUCGGUCACAUGAUGGGAUGUAUUUUAGCAACUUUCUUCCCUAAGAAUGUGAUGGGUUUACACACUAAUACCCCUUUACUGUUGUUCCAUCCUCAGGAGAAUAUUUUUACAGUGUUAGGUGUUCUAUGGCCGAGCCUGAUAGUGGAGCCUCAGUUGCAGAGUCGCAUGUAUCCCUUGAGCGAACACUUGAUGCGACUGGCCGAAGAGUCUGGCUACCUGCAUAUACAAGCCACCAAACCUGACACUAUUGGAAUAGCACUAACAGAUUCUCCGGCGGGUUUAGCAGCGUAUAUUUUAGAGAAGUUUUCAACGUGGACAAACGACGCGUACAAGAAGGCCGGCGAUGGGAACCUGCUGGCGAAGUUCAGUUUGACGCAUCUGUUGGACAAUGUGUUGGUGUAUUGGUCUACCAACACCAUCACCACGUCAAUGCGGACGUACGCCGAGACUAUGAACAAGAGAUUCUUUGCUAUGAGGCUUGACGAAAUCCCAACUGACGUGCCAACAUGGGGCAUCAAAUUCAAGCACGAUUUAGUGUUCCAUCCGGACUCGAUGUUAAAGCUGAAGUUCAAGAACUACCUCCACAGCACCAUAGUGGAAGAUGGCGGACACUUCGCAGCGAUGGAAAACCCCGAUAUACUGGCCAGUGAUAUCUUUGAAGCUGUCGACAUGUUCCUACAGUUUUAUAACCACACCAAGAUGCCAGAAACAAGAGAAAAAGUUCAAGAAACUCCCAACGCAUUGGAAACAAUAUACCAAUUUUCUGUAAAAGACAUCUACGGAAAGGAAGUCAAGCUAGACAAAUACAAGGGGCACGUUCUACUAAUAGUCAACGUUGCCUCGCAAUGCGGCCUCACCGACACAAACUACCAGCAACUGAACGAAUUGUAUGAGAAAUACGCCAAAAGUCGGCACCUGCGCAUAUUAGCGUUCCCUUGCAACCAAUUUGGUGGCCAAGAACCUGGCUCCGAGAAGGAAAUUAUAGAAUUCGCCAAAGAGAAAAACAUAAAGUUCGAUAUCUUUGAAAAAAUUGAAGUGAACGGAGAGGAUACACACCCAUUGUGGAAGUUUUUGAAACGCACCCAAAGCGGUACAUUUGGUGAUUUUAUAAAGUGGAACUUCUCCAAGUUUAUCGUUGAUAAGAAUGGAUUGCCUGUGGAGAGAUUUGGCCCUAACGUAAAUCCAAUCGACUUGGAGCCACAUUUGGCCAAAUAUUGGUGAAUACUUAACAUAUAAUUUAUUAUGGAUUAUAUUAUAUCCUUUGUAUAGCUUGGAUCAUCUUAGCUUUCUAAGCCCUGUGGCCUUUAUACAAGAUUGGCUUUCUCGUAAUCGGCGAGUCGUUUUCGCAUAUCAAACCUGUAUUAUUAAAGUAAAAUGAACCUUAUUACAAUCGCUUUGGAGUCUGAAAUCCUUCACUUCUGAUUUUUGUUUUACGAACCGUCCUGUCGCAAGUCGGAACUAAAGUAUUGUAGGCAAAUUUAAGCUUAAACAAAAUGCAAAUAAAAUCCAUUUUGCUCUGAUGUUAAAGUAUUUCCAUACGAAGAGUCCUCGAUUGCGAGCCAGCGAAUCUUUUACUAAGGUUACUGUACUUUAGUGUAGUAUUUAAACGUUUACAAUUGUAUUUGGAGAUCAAAAUAUAAAAUCAAAAUAAAUGGAAGUAAUGUAAGUUUUACUAAUUAUGUAUCGUAGAUUGAGCUCAGGAACGAAAUAAUCUAGCGUGCAUAGAGGGUAUGCAGUUUAUAUAUAAUGAAGAAAAACUCUAGUACGAGUUAUAAAAAACAUAAGGCUAGGUGUUCUAAGAGUUAUAAAAAGCCUACCCUUAGGUAUUUUUGACUAGUACUGGAGAUUUUCUUCAUUUUAUAUCAUCUGCAUACCCUGUGCAUACCCUCUAUGCACGCUACUGCUAGUAGUUCCAUCUUUUUAAUAUUGAACUUAGCAUAGUAAGGGUACAUCAUUGGCACAUGAUUACUUAGUCAUGGUAUCACGUGUAUACGUAAUUUUCUAAUACGCAUAUUUGAUCUGAUGGGCCGUAGUUAGUUACUAUCCUACCAACAAAGGCGAUUUAGCGUUCCGGUACAAUGUCGCGUAAAAACCGUUACGGGUUAUGGAUUUAAUAUAACUGCCAUACUGUCUAACAGGUUAGCCCGCUACCAUCUUAAACUACGUAACGUAUAGUGUAACUUGUAGUAAUAUAAAGUGGCUUUUUAUGUACAUAAAAUAUAACUACUGAAAAGAUAUUAACGUUAGGAUUUUUUUUUUACUGGUGAUUUUAAACCUCUCAUAAGUUGAUUUCAAAUGACUUUUAGCAUUUAUCUAGGGUGUAAUGUUUUAGGGUGUAAAUUUAGACGGAAAUAAACGGUAUUCCCUUAGGGUCUUAUUAAUAAACGUAGCAUAACGUUGGAUCAGUUACGUAUUGUUUUUUUUACACAUUCUGACAUUUAAAAGGUGCUGUUAGUUGUGUAAGGUGGUGAAAUGUGACAAAACACUGCUUAACUAUUUCGACGUUAUGCUACGUUAAUAAGGGUCUUAGUAAAUAUAUGUUAAGCUUUGUACCCUAUAAAGAUACAAGUUGUAAUCUCUGUGUUAAAAAAAAAUAGUAUAUAAGUUCAAAAUACGUGUUAUCUUUUUAUUGUAAUAUACAAUUAAUUUAUG